CAGUAGUACAUGUUGAGUACGCUCUGUUAGUACAGCAGUACAUGUUGAGUACGCUCUGUUAGUACAGUAGUACAUAAUAACUCUCUGUCUCCACAGCGUCAGUGUGUUGAGUUCGCUCUGAAGGCUCAGCCACUGAAACUUUACAUCCCAAAGAAUCCGGUACAGUAUAAGUUCUGGUCCAUCAUCAACUCCACAGGAUUUGAGUACAUCAUGUUUCUGCUCAUCCUGCUCAACACCGUCACUCUAGCUGUUCAGCACUACGAACAGUCAAAGAAGUUCAGCCACAUCAUGGACAUUUUGAACAUGGUGUUCACUGGACUCUUCACCGCGGAGAUGCUGCUGAAGCUGCUAGCUCUCAGACUCAGGCAUUACUUCGUGGACGCCUGGAAUUCCUUCGACGCUCUCAUCGUGGUCGGCAGCGUUGUCGACAUUGUGGUCACCGAGUUCAGUAGUGGGGAGGACAGCUCUCGGGUGUCGAUCACCUUCUUUCGUCUGUUUCGAGUGAUGCGAUUGGUCAAGCUGCUGAGUAAAGGGGAGGGGAUUCGUACCCUGCUGUGGACUUUCAUCAAAUCAUUGCAGGCGCUGCCGUACGUCGCUCUGCUCAUCGCCAUGAUCUUCUUCAUCUACGCCGUCAUCGGGAUGCAGACCUUUGGGAAGGUAGCGAUGCAGGAUCUCACUCAGAUCAACAGAAACAACAACUUCCAGACAUUUCCUCAGGCGGUCCUCCUCCUCUUCAGGUGUGCGACAGGUGAGGCGUGGCAGGAGAUCAUGUUGGCCAGUCUUCCAGGUAAACGCUGUGACCCAGAGUCUGACUACGGACCAGGAGAAGAGUUCAGCUGUGGAAGCAACUUCGCCAUCGUUUACUUUAUCAGCUUCUUCAUGUUGUGUGCUUUUCUGAUCAUUAACCUAUUUGUCGCCGUCAUCAUGGACAACUUUGACUAUCUAACACGUGAUUGGUCGAUUCUGGGACCGCAUCAUCUGGACGAGUUCAAGAGGAUCUGGUCUGAAUACGAUCCAGAGGCCAAGGGUCGUAUAAAACACCUGGACGUUGUGGCUCUGCUCAGGAGGAUCCAGCCUCCUCUGGGUUUUGGGAAGCUCUGUCCUCACAGAGUGGCUUGUAAGCGCCUCGUAGCGAUGAACAUGCCUCUGAACGCUGACGGGAUGGUGACCUUCAACGCCACGCUCUUCGCUCUGGUUCGCACCGCUCUAAAGAUCAAGACUGAAGGUAACCCUGACCAGGAGAACGAGGAGCUGAGGGGAAUCAUCAAGAAGAUCUGGAAGAGAAUGAAACCAAAACUACUGGAUGAAGUAAUACCACCACAUGAAGGUACUAAUGCUACCGAUACAACAAAGAUACAUAUACACACACACACAUGAGUACCACUACUACAAACACUACUA